AUGGGCAAACCAAAGGGCCUUCUGAAGGACUUCAAGCCAAAGAAAAAGGCUGCUAAACAGGAACCUGUGACCGCCGAUGACUUUUUAGCGACCGGCGUUGAACUGGAAGAGGCGGGCGAGAAAUGGCGAGCUGGAGAUGCCGCCAAGUCCAUGCGCUUCUUCAUGCGUGCCAUUGCCAACUACGAUGAUGGAUUACGAAGGCACCCCACAGCCUUUGACCUGGCCUAUAACAAGGCUCGAGUGCAGUAUGAUAUCACUCAACACCCUAAAUUGGCUGCCCAGCUGCCCGCACCACCGGCGGAGCUUUUGACAGUGGCGCUCCAAUCUCACCGGGAUGCCAUCAAGCUGGAUCAAGAUAACACCGAUGCCUUGUUCAACAGCGGUCAGGUGCUAAACAGUCUGGCGGAGGCCAUUUCGGAUUCCAAGCAUCCGGGAGAGGAGCAACUCGUGCAGGCAAGCACAUACCUCCAAGAGGCCAUUGAACUGUUCCAACGAUGUCUCUUGCUUCAGGAGUUGAAGUAUACAGAAAUGCAAGAGGAGAUUGAACAGAUGAUGUCCAGUGCUCAGGCUGAGCCUACUGAACCGGCGCCAGCACCCUCAGACAGUACCCAGCCUCAUCCUGAAGAUGGAGAACAGGAGCAAUGGGCGGCAGUCGUUGAACCAGUGACCAAGAAUACCCUGGUAGACACUGCUGUCGCGCAGCUGGAUACCCUCACGACCCUUUGUCACGUUCUGAGUAAUAACCCCAGCGCUGGCGGUGUAGGGUGGGUACAGGAGUAUUCUUCAGGACUCAUCCAAACCCGGCUGCCUGCCUACAUGGAAGGCUCCGACCGGCUGUAUGAGGCGGGACUCUCACGGGCCAAAUUUAUUGGUGCUUUGAACGAUCUUCUCUAUCGCGGUGGACUCGUAGAUGCCCAGAUCUACCAGCAAGAGAUUGGGCAGGCAUUCGGUCCAGACUUGGAUGUAUCGAAGGACCCUGAAGGGUUAUGCACCAAGGCUGAUGCACUGAUCUCGUUGAAUGCGGCCUUUGCUGAUCUGCCCCCUACUGAUGCGGAUGCUCUCCAGCGUACUCUGGCCGUCCGCUGGCAGUCACUGUCGACCGCUUUGGACGCAUUGACCGCGGCAUCUAAGUUGCCAAAUGCUGAGAAUCUACCCAAAAUUCAUAUUGCCCGUGGUGAUGCCGAAAUGCAGCGCUGGCGGCUAGGAACGGCGCCGUGGAACCAUUCACUGGCGCAGCAAAACAGCUCAACUCUUUUACGCAAUGCACAGACCUACUACCGAGGAGCCGCUGCUUUGGCUCGUCGAGAUGGAGCGGUUGAGGAAGAGCGAGAUGGGGUGCACAAGGAAGCUAUUGCUGCGGCCCUAGAGGGUCAAAAGGCCAAAAUCGACCAACUAAAGAACACGUCUAUGCAGCAACUAGUAGCUGUGGCUCAAGAGAUGGUUGAAGAUGGGAUGGUUGAAGGCGGAGUGAUGGGCAGCCUCAUAGCAUAG